AUGUGGUCGAAGGUAGCCAAUGCGUUCAAACGCAGUGACGUAGACGCAUCUUCUGCACCGUCCCAACACGACGGUAGAAGUCGGCACUCACAUGAUGAGUCGGCAUCCGAUUCCGCUGGUGAACCAGCGGGUGUCCUAAGUCCGCCAGGGUCGCCGAGCAAGAGCACCAAACGUGGCCUAUUGAGGCGUGGAUCACGCCAUAUGGAUAAAGAGAAUGGCGGUUCUCUAAGCCUCGCCAAACGGGUAAAAUCGUCCCUUCAUCUUAAUACGAACAUCAACGAAUCUAACUUAUCCUUAACAUCUGCACCCAAACCAGAAUCUGCAACUCAACCUGUCUUCGGUUCGGUAAGAUCAAUCUUCGGCAAGGAUCGCAGACCUUCUGCGAUGCAAAUGCAAGCUGCUAUGAAUAGAUCAGAUGAUGCUCUCAAUAGAGCUUCAACGGAAGGGCCACGUCCAACGACUCCUACACCCUUGUCACCGUUACAAGGAACUAUAGGACAUCUCGAUACUCGACAGUUUGGCUCAGUCCGCUCCAUCUUGCGAGACAGGAACACUCCCGGAUCCGGCCAGAACGUCCGCUUUUUCUCCCGCGACGCUUAUCACGUUAUCAGCCCAAAUACUAGCACUAGCGCCAGUGCGGACAAUACUAGCAAUUCCGCUGAUGCAUUGGAGACUCCGUUCAUGCAGAGAAUCCAGGAAAUGAGUCCAGAUCGCGAUGGCAUUCCAACGGCUACCAGCACUCCAUAUGUGACUCCUGAAGCCAAUCGGGCCCACAUGGAUCCGGAUCGGCCUCAGAUUUCGGCCAUCUUUGAUUUCUCUGCCGCGCAAGAGCACAGUGUACAUUCAAUUCGUGGAAGUGCAAAUUCGGCUCUUCGCGACAACGCGGUUGAAAUCGACGAAUUUGAUCGACCUAUUCGUAACUCUAAUAUGCCUGCGUUGGGUUCGAGACCGACAAUCAAUGUUCAGCCGGAAAACAGAGUCUCAAGCCACUCUACCGCUUCAACUAUGUCGAUAGAGACCCCGAAUAGCAUCAUCAAUGGAAGCGAAAGCUCUUUGCGUCGUUUGUCCGACAACGAUGAAACUCGUUUUCAUUCGUUGGCUGACGACGGAGGCGAGAAGCAUUCGCCUCCUGGACGGUCUGGUUCUUCAUUAGGCUUUCACCGAGUUUUCAAGCGCGAAAGCCUGUCUGCCAACAGCAAACUAGAAUUUCCGGGUUCGGCAAACGCUUCUAGUCGCGUACGUGCAUUAAGUGAGCGGGUAUUCUCAAAAGCUGCUGUGGAUGAUCCCAAAGCCAAGCUUGGAGACCCUCAAACGACGCCCAAUGCCGGAGAACUCCCGGAUCCCUUCAGUGCCGAUGCAAGCAACUACUACAAUCCGGCCGCUGGUUUUCCCAAAACACCACCGCGACUUGGUCACGUACGCUCCGACUCAGGGGUAUCUGGUAUGAGUAUGCAAUCAGGGCGAUCUGUUUCAACUGUCUCUCAUCGCUCUGGGACUUCGAGAUCGUCACAUGGGUCAGUAACGCAAACGCGUGUCUUUGUCCCAGAAGACGAUAUGGUAGCAUCUCUCCGAACACAAUUGGCGUUCCACCAGGAACUUGCUGCGCAGUACGAGCUUGACAUACGUGCUCGGGAUACACAUGCUGCCUUGAUGAGCCAGAAGCUUCAAGCACAUGAAGCAGAGGCUGAGAGGCGUGCAAAAGCGAUGCGCGGGAUGCGCCGCCGUGUUGCGGAGCUUGAGCGUGCGGCUGCUGCACUAGAGGAACAGGCUGAGCGUAGUGCAUUGGAAAGCUUUGAGAGGAGUGUUAUGGAUGGUGCGAGUGGUGAUGCUCUGAGGGUCAUGCAGCAGCAGAUGGUUGAGUUGGAGAGGGAGAGGAAUGAGAUGGCGCAUAGGGAGAGGGAGGCGAAGGCCGAGAGCGAGAAGUUGAUGGAAGAGCUGCGACAUCGGGAAGAAGCAUUGCAAAAUAUGAAGAAGCGGUUGGAAUCGGGGAUUUCGUCUGACCAAGUAUCGGAUGGAAGCUUGGAAGAUGUUCGAAUCAUGCUGGCUAAGACUCGAGAAGAAGCUGCAUUAGCUUCACAGCAGCACCAAGAAAUUGAGUUCGCAUGGGCCGUGGACCGGGAAAGCCUUCUCAGUGAAAUGGAAGCCCUUCAGAAGGAGAUCAAUGCUAAAACCGGCGAGAUUGAUAUCUUGAAGUCAGAGGUGGAAGCACAGUGGGGCAACACGGAGAAGCUGAACGAGAAGGCCGACGCGCUUCGCAAGGAACGUGAUGAUCUGGACCGUGAACGUGAGCAUCUGAAGAAUGAGAUUGCCACGCUUGAGAGACGCAUAACCGAUAUGGAGGACGAAUGGACCGAGAACGAGAACCGAAAGGGUCAGUUGGAGAAUGAAUUUGAUGUCGCGUUGGCGGCGAGGCAGGAGGUUGAGAGAGAACGUGAUCAGCUACGACAAGAGCUUGAACGAUUAGGUGCACACGGCGGUGACUACAAUUCGGCACUGGCCGACCUGGAGGCCCAAGUCAAAGGUCUCAUGGAAGAACGCCAACAUGCGUAUGAAGAUGCGCAGCGACUCGAACAGAUGCUUGCUGAAGCCACCGAGCGUGCGCAGAGGGCAUCCGCCAAUGACCAUGAGGUCGAGCAGCUUCGCGCCGAGUUGUCGUCUAUGCACCGUGAUCACGAGCAAGCCUUGGCGGAAGCACAUAUGCGUGCUUCUGAUGCUGCUGGCCUGCGCAAUGAAACAGCACGUAGGCAAGCUGCGACGGAGGCAGAAGCCAAAGAGCUGAGAGAGCGUUUGGCGAAGUUGCAAGAGGAAGCAGAUAAGCUGAGGUCGAGUGUGCAGGUAUUGAAGCAGCAGAGCGCGGAUCAAGACGUCAAGAUACUGCAGUUGGAGAAGCAGCAUGAUCAAGAUAUUGAAGACAAGCUUGGUCUCAACAUUGCUCUAGAUUCAAAGCAGCAAGAACUAGAGCUCAUCAAACGGGGCAUGGGCGUACGCGGUACGGCAGGGGCUACACCUGCUGUAGCUACCCGUGGUGCACGCAGAGAUUCCACGGCGUUCAAGACACCCAUCCCACUCCGUCCUGCGUCGUCACUUUCAGAUGGAGCGAAGCGCCCACCAUCUUCGCUUUCUGAUACAGAUAAGUCAGGCAAGUUAGCCGGUGGCGCGUCGUCGACCGUCAAAUCAACGCUUGGAAGGACAACUCGCACGAACGUUGCCUCAGGUCCUUCAGCUCCAACCGCAACCGUGAGGAGGGUAUCGGGUCGUCUAUCAGAUACUUCAUUGAGUGCACCACCCGGUCGGGCUCGUGCAGGUUCCGUUGCAGCUAAGGCACCCAUUCGUCCGACCGCGGCAUCGGCAGCAAAGCGUGUCGUGUCGCCGAACUCAACGACUUCGAUACGGCGUGCAUCAAGUACUAUUAGCGGGAUUGCUCCGAUGAGUGACACGUCUUCCAGCGCACUGAGCGACAAGGAGAACGAGACGCCUCGAGCUAGACCUGUUAACGAUGCUCGGACAAGGAGAAUGUCGAUGCAGCCGCUUGCCGUUCCUGCAUAAAAAAUGCCACCCUUUGGUAUACCCAUUUCGUGUGCUUUAUUUUGAAGCGAAUGUAAGAUUCUCAUUUCAGUUUGGUGGAGAAAAUUUGCAUUCAGUAACGACCUCAUCAUGCUUUUUUUUUUUUCUUCCUUUUCUUCCUUUCCUCGAGGUCUGUUCUGCUUUAAAUCUUGUUUUCCGUGAGAUUUACUCGUUGUUUUCCCACUUCCUCGAUCGAUUGCUUUACAUUGUAAUAUGCACGGACGCCACAACUGUGUACUUUUCUAUUUUCAUCCCGACCCCUUCCCCAUUCCAGAUCAUUCCGUUCGAAUCAUUUCUUGCCGUCCGUAUGCUCACACCUGCUGGUCAACCUUUCC